AUGAGGUAUCUGCUUUCGUACUAUUCAGCUUCUUAAUCCUAUGCUAUAUAAACACCAUUCAUGAAUGAAUUUCCCUCAUAAAAAAAUUGUGAAUGCUAAGAGAACAAAGAAAACUUAUUAACCAGAGAAGAAAACAAUGAGUUCAGAAGAUUGCCUUGGUUGGGCUGCAAGAGAUGUAUCUGGACAUCUCUCCCCAUACAAAUUCAAUCGCAGGGCUGUAGGAGAUGAUGAUGUUUAUGUUAAGAUCACACACUGUGGUAUUUGUUAUGCUGAUAUCGCUUGGACAAGGAAUAAACUUGGUGACUCCAAGUACCCUGUUGUGCCAGGACAUGAGAUUGCAGGCAUUGUGAGCAAGGUUGGUUCCAAUGUCAAGCGUUUCAGUGUUGGUGACCAUGUUGGAGUGGGGACUUAUGUCAACUCAUGCCGCGACUGCGAGUACUGCGAUGAUGGACUAGAACAUCAGUGCAGUAAGGGAGUUUUUACCUUUAAUGGGGUUGAUUCUGAUGGUACAAUCACAAAGGGAGGAUACUCCAAUUUCAUAGUAGUCCAUGAAAGGUAUUGUUUUAAGAUACCAAAAAGUUAUCCAUUGGCUUCAGCAGCACCUUUGCUGUGUGCCGGAAUCACUGUUUAUUCGCCGAUGAUUCGUUACAAGAUGAAUGAGCAGCCGGGAAAAUCUUUAGGAGUGAUUGGCCUUGGUGGACUUGGUCACAUGGCUGUUAAAUUUGGAAAGGCUUUUGGUUUGAAUGUAACAGUUUUCAGCACCAGCAUAUCUAAGAAAGAUGAGGCCCUCAAUUUGCUUGGUGCAGAUAACUUUGUGAUUUCCUCUGAUCAAGACCAAAUGAAAGGAUUAACAAAGACAUUAGACUUUAUAAUUGACACAGCAUCUGGUGAUCAUCCUUAUGAUCCUUACAUGGCACUUCUGAAAACAUUUGGUAUCUUAGUUGCAGUUGGGGCUGGAACUGAAAUCAAGUUCAGCCCUAGAAGCCUAUUUUUUGGAUUGAGGAGUAUUUCUGGAAGUAUUGUAGGAGGUACAAAAGAUAUACGGGAUAUGAUUGAUUUAUGUGUUGAAAAGGAGAUUUAUCCAAAGAUUGAAGUAAUUCCUAUUGAGUAUUGUAAUGAAGCUAUUGAAAGGGUCAUAAAAAGUGACGUGAAGUAUCGGUUUGUGAUUGAUAUUGAAAACUCCUUAAAGUAAAAAAGAAAAUGUAGUUUCGUGAUAUGUAUCAGUAAUGAAUACUUUGUUACUAGUGUGGAAUUUGUCUUUGUGUGAGAAUUUAUAGAACAAGCAAUUUUCCUUGUAUCUUUUGUAUUCUAUAUUCAAGCAAUGUAUUAAUUUGCAGCAUUAUGAAUAAUAAUUUAAUGGAUACUCUUUUGUGGAGGAGAAUGCUAAGCAUUAUUGGCUGUUAA